AUGGAUAAACAAAUGAUUUUCAGUUUUCAAACUCAAAAACCUAAAAUUAGAGAGUAGGUUAAAAGACUAGAAUAUUUUCAAUAAGAAUUGUCGUAAAUCUAAGAUCUCUCAAGGCAAAAUAGAUCAAAAAUAGAUAGUAUUAAGGUUAUUAUGAGGAGGUUUCUGCCUUUGCGUUACCAAAAAAAGGACAUAUUCAGCCAAUCUUUGAAUAAAAUCUAAAUAAAUUAACUAAACAAAGAAAUAUAAACAGAAAUUCUACCCAAGCCAAAAUUAGAGAUCUUAUAAGAAAAUGUUAUGCAAUUGCAAUUUCAAAAAGAGGAGAUCUUCAAUUAAAUUAAGUCUAUAAAAAAAGAGAAUGGAUUACUAAUUACUUAGAAUAAAUCAUAUGAAAUUGAAAUCAAUGCUUAGAAGAAUAAAAUCAAUGAGCUUAUUAACGAGCAGAAUGAAAAAGAAUAGUUUUAUCAAUAAACUAUGUAAUAGUAGAAUUGGCAAAUCAUUCAAUUAACCAAUGAAUUACAAUAGAUAUACAAUAAGCAAUAGUAACUCAAUAAUUUUGAACUAAAUAAUCCAUUCUAGAUGCUCUUGGCUUAGUUUUCAUCAGUUGAAUAGGACAACAUUGUGCUAGCAAUUAAAGAGGCGAUUAAAAUCAAUAAAAAUGAAAGACUCUAGGUGAUUUAAGAUUGGAUACACAUGGAAGAUAUAAAGGAAGAAAUCAUGUAAUUAAAGAAGCAUCAUAAUAUUAAAUUGAAAGAAUUAAUGGAGUAAAUAAAAAUCCUAUAAAAUGAUUAAAUAAUUGAACCCGAAUUGUUGUCUACUUAAGAUUCGUUGUAACUAGUCUCAAACAUCCUUUAUAGAGCCAUAAAAAGUAAUGAAAUGCUAAAAUUGAUAAAAUAAAAUUCAAGAAUGUACAAUUUGAUUGAAGAUUUAUGGAAUAAGUUGAAAUCUCGAUUGGAACAUUCAAAUUUUUCAUAAUAACAUAUCAGAACAUCAUCUUUAAAUAAAGUUGAUUUAAAUUCAACAAACAAAAAGUUUUCAUGCAGAAAACUAUGA